AUGGAUGAAUCGAUGAUCAUGUUUGAUAGUACUGAGGACAUUUCGUCUACUGAAACAGCAACAACAUACAUUCUUCCCGAUCAGACCGACACCCUAGAUCUUAGCACUCGAUGUGAACAACUUGAAAGGCAAGUAGAAGAAUUAACCAAACAAUUAAAUGAAAUUAAAUCUGCUGAGAAACGUUCUAGUGAUGAACGUGAUAAAUAUAUACACAUGUAUCAUCGUUUUAAUGAACGUUUUCUCGGAUUUGAACGAAAACAAUUGGAUCAAAUGCGUCGAAUAUUAAAUAAUUUAACAACAGAUCAACAUCAAUUACUUCCUGAGACUCAAGAUGAUUAUCGACGUCCACAACGAGCUUUUACUAGUCCAUCAACAUUGAUUUUAUUACCAUCUUCACUAAAUCAAACGCUAGAUGAUUCACCUAGAACAAUAGAUUAUCAGAAAACUGAAGCCGAUUGGAAUGAUUUACUUGCACAAAUAUCUGAACUAAUGGAUUUUUCAGAAAAAUUCACUGCGAAAUAUUCUGAACAAGUCGAAGAGAAUAAUAAAUUACGUCUAUUAAACAAUCAAAAACAAGAUGAAAAUGUUAAACUCCUUGUUGAUCUAUCAUUAUCAAAAGCAGAAUUUGAAAAAGAACAACAGGUGCGCAGUGAAUAUGAAAAACAAUAUAAUGAAGCUAAUCAAGUUAUUGAACAGGACCGUUCGAAACGUUUACAAAAGUUAAGAAAUUAUGCAUCAUUAGCUGACGAUGAAGGCGAUAUAUUGUUAUCAAGUUUGCUACGAAAAGCCGAAAAAAACGAUAUGGACUUUGGUGAAAUUAAAUUAAACUACGAAAAUAUUUUUACAGAACAAGUGAAUCAUUUAAAAAAGCUUGUUAAAGAACGUGAAUUAUUACAGUUAUAUAUUCAACGACUUGAACUCGAAAAUGCUUCCCUGGCUGCCAUAACCAAUGAUGAUGAAACAAUUAAAUUAUUAACUUAUGCAUCACAAUCAUCAGCUUCCUAUGAAGAAGCUUCCGAUUUAAUUAAAAAAUUACGUGAUCAAAUCAUCGAACAGAUGAAAGUUCGGGAUAAACUUCGAAACGAUAUUGAACAAUUAAAGCAUAAUCAUAGUGCUGAUAUGCGCCAAAGAGAACAAAUCGAACAAAUACUUACCAGAGAUUUAUCUGUAGCCAAAGAUGAAAUUCUUGUUCUGCAAAGUGUUCGAAGUGAAUACGAACGUAUAGCAAAUGUAAACAAAGAUCUGGAACGACAAUUAGGAGAAUACACGACUGAAUUGAUAACUACAAAAACUGGAGUUCAUUCAUUAACAAAUCAAUUUAAAGAAAAAAUCGAACAGCUUAGCUCGGAAAAGGAAAAACUUGACGAAGACAAUGCUGGACUCCGUGUUCAACUGCAAAAAUUAAGAAUUGACUUUGAAAAUAGUGAAUCUGUACAACAUGACUUUGUGAAACUUUCUCAGGCACUUCAAGUGCAAUUAGAAGAGAUUCGAAAUUCUGAAUACGAAUUACGUUGGCAGCCUGAAGAAGAUUUUUCCGAAUGCCAACGAUGUCAUGCAUCGUUCUCAGUUAGUUGGAGAAAACAUCGUUGCCGUCAUUGUGGUAAAGUUCUAUGCAAAGAAUGUACGAACAAAACUAUUUAUAGUGGUCCAAAUAAUCGGGCCUCUCGUGUAUGUGAACUAUGCUACACAUUACUGGUGAAAAGUUCUCAGCCGUAUUUCUUUGCUGGUGCCAAUAGAGCUUAA